CACCAACCGCCAACCCAACCCACACACAAACGCCUCUACGUACACUCUACCCACACCACCUCGCUCACUCGCUCGCUCGAUCACCGCGACCUCACUCGAUCGCUCUGAUCACCUAUGGCGGCGCGGGCGUUCGUCGCCGUGGUGGUGGUCGUCGUCGCGGCCUUAUUCGUGGGCGCAGCCUCGAGCUCGGCGGCGGCGCAGGCGGCGGUGGACACGGGGGCGGCCGCGGGGGUGCCGUCGUGCGCGUCGAAGCUGGUCCCCUGCGGCGGCUACCUCAACGCCACCGCGGCGCCGCCGCCGGCGUCGUGCUGCGGCCCGCUCAGGGAGGCCGCCGCCAACGAGACGGCGUGCUUGUGCGCCAUCCUCACCAACAAGGCCGCGCUCCAGGCGUUCGGCGUCGCGCCAGAGCAGGGCCUCCUCCUCGCCAAACGCUGCGGCGUCACCACCGACGCCUCCGCCUGCGCCAAGUCCGCCUCCUCCUCCGCCACCGCCGCCGCCGCCGCCGCCGGUGCCGGCACUGCAGGUAGCACUGCUGCUUCUUCAGCUUCCACUGGAAACGCUGCAUCUACAGCGGCCAAGCCAACGGCGAGCGGAGGCGCAACGCAUCGCCUGAGCUUGAUCAGUGCAUCGUCCUUGGUAGGCUUCAGCUUCAUCUGGUGGACGAUCAUGGCGCAGUAGUAAUUAAGAUCCAGAAGAGCAGUUUCAAGUUUGCUAGUUGGUCACUACUAUAUGAUGAGGAAGUACAUAGGAUUGUAUUGGCAAAAUUCUUUCUUCUGUAGAUUGCUGUUCUUCGCCGGUCGAUCAGUUCCUCGGUUGAAUCAGAGUUGUUUAAUUCUGUACUGUCCAAAUAAAACAUGCUUAAUCAUCUGUCCGACUUUGUUCAGUAAUAUGCCUGCUGGCUGUGUA